GAUAUAUAUAUAAUACUAGUAAGGCGGGCCUAAUUCUGCUUUAAAUAUGGAGAAAUAUCCACGUAUAAGAGAUGUGAAUAAUAAGAAGCUUUUAUAUAAGGGAUUUGGAGGGUUUAUUAGGAAAAAUAUAGGAUAUUUUGCAAUUUAUCAACAAAGGAUCCUAAUAGCAACAAUUGUUGUUAUUAUUUUUAUUCAUAUGUUUAUAACGAAUAGUUUUACAAAGAAACUUUUUAGGCUGUCAUAUUGUGAUUCAGUGACACAAUUAUGUAGCAAAGGCAAAGAUGAUUGGUACUUUGUUGGAUUCUGGGUGACUUUAUUUACUGUUAUGCGAGAGUUCUGUAUAACUCAUAUUUUUGUACCUUUUGGACGUAACCAUGGAAUUAUAUCAACUAGAAAUCUCAAUAGAUUUUCAGAACAAACAUGGAGUUUUAUAUAUUAUAUUAUUUUCUGGAGUUUUGGGAUGUAUAUUUCAUAUAAUAGUCCAUACUGGUUUAAUCCUAAACAAUUAUGGAUUCAAUAUCCUCAAGUAAUUCUUAAACCACAUAUUAAAUGGUAUUAUCUUGUUCAAUUUUCAUUUUGGAUUCAACAAAUCUUUGUUGUGAAUAUUGAAAAACGAAGAAAGGAUUAUUACGAAAUGUUUUUUCAUCAUAUUAUUACAUGCACUCUUAUAUUCAUGAGUUAUAUUUACCAUUUUACACAGAUUGGAAAUGCAGUCUUGUGUAUUAUGGAUUUAUCUGAUAUUUUUUUACCGCUCUCAAAAAUGCUUAAGUAUUUAAAAAUGCAUAAAACUUGUAAUCUAUCAUUUUUUAUAUUUCUUCUUUCAUGGAUUAUUACGAGACAUAUUUUAUUUCUAUUCAUAGUAUAUUCAACAUAUAAAGAUGCUGGUGUUAUCAUUACACAUAAAUGGGAUCCUGUAAACAAUAUUUAUUUUACUAAAAGAAUUCAUAUGUUAUUUUUAGCAUUGCUUAUAGCAUUAGAAAUUAUUUUAUUUUUUUGGUUAUAUCUUAUCAUAAAGGUUACAUGGCGGGUUAUUUCAGGACAUAAUGCUAAAGAUACUCGCUCUGAUUCAGAAGAUGAAAAUGACUUAGCAUUGAAUAAAAAAAAACAAAAGCACCAUUAAAUAACACGCAAUUAAGUCUUGAUAUUUUAAAAUAAGAUUUAUAGA